UUUUUUAUAUUUAUUUUUGCUUGUUUCUAAUUAAAAUUUGUUUCAAAAAUGAGUAGAGGAGGUAGAGGGGCUUCCACAAGCGGUGUUCGUGCAAUUGCUAAUGUUCUCGGAAUAAGCAGACAAGAUGUUAGUCAAUAUAAUGCUCAACAAGUUCGAAAUGAGCCUUUGCCUUUAUAUCCACCAUUAGAUAAAACCCCCUUGCCUUUAGAAGAAACAAAAGAACUCGCUUUUAUGGUUGAUACAAAACAAGAAUUUUUAAAUCGUUUUCGAGAAUCUCCUUUUUAUUCGAAAAAAACUGGAAAGAGGGAUGUGAGAAGGUACACGGACAAAUACAGAUUGAUGGAUAAGGAAACUUUUGAACCUCGUUAG